GGCUGAGAUCCAACACUUGGAGGGAGCCUUGAAAUCAAGUUUAAUUCAGGAGCUUCGUUUAUUGUAUGAAUAUACAGGCCUUUCGGCUUUUCAGUGUUGCUCUCCUAAAACUUUCUUCUUGCGGAGUUGGUAGCGAUGGCGCCUUGUCGCUGCAUGCACAUCCCUACGUGUCUAAAGUCCAGAUGAAUUUGUUUAACUGCGCUUUUUUUCCUGCAGGAGGUGGGGCUUUUGGUUACUGAUUUUCGUGCCUAACUUCAUCGCCUCCUUUACAAAAGCAUACGGCACACUUCGUCGUCGUAUCCAGCGUAGCUGGAGUACUCUCCAGGGGGCUGUCAUAGCUUUAAAUGUGCAAACAUUAUUGAACACUUUAUAGAGGAUAGUAUGUCUGUUGUUUUCUCGUAACUGCGUGCUUUUUGUGUCGACAGCCCUGCCGAUUUUCUGAACUGAAAUUCAAGUGAAUAGCAAUAGACUAAAGAGCAAAAGUUUUGAACUACAGCGUCGACAUGAAUCCGAUUAACUUGGAUACCUACAGUCUUUCCCUGCUUACGGCCAAGGAAGACAUUCUCAACCCCCGAUCAUCAACCAGCUGGGCAUUGUUUACAUACGAUGGGGUCACCAACAACCUCAAACUGUCCGACUCAGGAGCUGGCAGUGUGUCAGAAUUGGCAGGGAAGUUUCAGGAGAGUCGUCCACUGUACGGACUGUGCCGGAUCGAAGCCAAACCGUCCGUACCCCGUAUAGUGAUGAUCACCUGGGUGGGUGAGGGUGUGGAUGAAUGUCGCAGGACAGAAUGUGUUAGUCACGUUCCUGCCAUCAAGGCAUUUUUCAAGGAAGCUCAUGCGUUUGUCAGUGCGACCAAACCAGAGGAUGUGACAGAGGAGAAAAUCUGUGAGGCUGCCAGCAACAUCAGCGCUCCAGCAGAGCGCGUUAAGCGAAACCCCAGGAUCACGGACAAGGAGGAGCUCGUGGGCACUAACUAUAGAAAAACAAAUGCUGCAAUGGAGAUACGAAGGAUCAACAGAGACUCUUUUUGGGCACGUGCAGAACGAGAAGAAGAAGAGAGAAAGGAGGACGAGCGUCGGAGGGCAUCAGAAGACCGGCGUCGCUGGGAGAGGGAGAGAAUCCUGCAGGAGCGCAGGGAGGCAGAGGAGAGGGACAGGAAGAUGGAGGAGAAAUUACAGAUGAUAGAGGAGCAGAGGAAAAUGCAAGGAAAACUGGAGACAGAGAUUCGAAAGCAGGAGAAGACCAGAUGGGAGCAGCAACAGAGAGAGCAUGAGGAAGACAUGAGAGUACGCUUCAGACGCAGUGAAUCCAUCGAAAAGGCUGCGGAGGCAGCGGUGCUUGUUUCUCAGCGCUCCAUGAACCCUCGAGAAUUUUUCAGACAGCUCUCUUCAUCGUCUUCUGGUAUCCCACCAAGCCCUGACUCCCCCCGUACAGCCAAGCCUCCUUUCCGUCGUUACCAGCGCAGCCUCACUGAUACAGCUUUUAUCUUUGGGAAGUCAGAUUCCUCGUUGCCCUCUUCCCCCCGCAGCCCUAAUGCGUUCUCUCCAUUCAGCCGUACUCCGAAAUCCCCCUUCAACCAACCCAUGUCACCCACAAGCCCAAGCCAGCCAGAUACCAGCUUCCGUCCCAUAAACUCUCCUCCACAACGCCGUGCCCCUCUGUUGUCCCCGCCCAUCUCCCCUCAACGCUCAUGCCCGACUUCCAGUCUCCCCAGCCUUCCUGCUUCUAAAACUGUCACGUCCCAGUCCCCAUUACCACAUUCCCCAGUCUUGGUCAAAGCUGAAGACUCAGGGCAGCCUUCUGGAGUACCGUCAUCACCCAGUUUCUCCACCUCCUCUGCCCGGCCUUCGGCACCAUCAGCCUCACCAGACCUUCUUACCAGCUUGUAUCGGUCUCAUCCUGAUCCUUGCUCUACUCCAGGAUCUCUGGGUGCCAUAGCUCUGGCCGAGGAUCAAAAUGAUUCCCCCCCAAUGGCCAUCCACUUGCAUCCAGAAGUGAUGCAUACAGCCUACAGAACACUGACUGACCUAGAAGCAGAAACAGAUUCAGACAUGGCAGCAAAGGACAACAUGCACAUCACACCAAUGACCAAGGAAGAUACGGAAGGGGAAGCUGGUUCCUUGGAACUAGAGGCAUCCAUGGAACUUAAUGAUUUGUUGGAGAAUCAUACCUAUGCUUUAGAAAAUGAAGAGAGUGUCUCUUCAGGCAUCUCUUUACUCACAAACCUGGAAUCGACAGCAGUCAACAUGCAAGAAGACUCUAAUAUGGAAGAGAAAACCAGCCUUAUACAGGAUCCUGUAUACAACAGCACAGAAUCCAGGCAGCGUGUGGAAUAUCUGGUCCCUGCUUUGGACGUCACACCCAGAGAGGCUUCUGAGACAGAAACCAAGCUAUUAGAAGAACAGAGCUGGACAGAGCCGAUAAAGAUUGGAGGGGAGAGGGUAGAAGAUGAAGAGAUGAUUCAAACUGCUACGGUAAUGCAUCUUUCCACCAUAUCUGAGGAGCCAGUCUAUUUUGAGCGAAGAGAGGUGGAGGAAGAGCAUGAGGCUGUCCAUGAUCCACAACUGGAACCCAUCAUACCAGAAGAGAUUAUGGGUGCAGAUGAUGCUCGGCUGACCAUGCUGCAGGAAGUUGAAGUCCUGCAAGCUAAAGGAAUGACUGAUGAAAAUUGGGGCCAAACAGAAAAUGGGUUAACAGAAGAAGACGAUGGCACAGACCUAUCCCUCAGUCCAACUGGAAUGGAGAAAAAUUUGCAUGAAAUUUCCCAGGAAUUAGAAAUGAUUUCCUAUGCCAUAAGGCGUGACGGGAGCGAAGAUGAUUCCACAGAGGAGAUGAUUGAGUAUGAAAAGUCCUCACCACAUGGACAAAUGUGCGUGCGGGCACUCUAUGACUAUCAAGCAGAGGAUGAAACAGAGCUUUCUCUGGAGCCUGGUGACAUCAUCAGUGCCGUCGAAACUGUGGACAAGUCCUGGUGGAGGGGAUGCAGCAAAGAUGGCCGCCAGGGGCUCUUCCCCGCCAACUAUGUGGAGACCAUCUAAGGACCGGUCAACAUCUGCAGAGACAGCCAUACAGACAGACAUGUAUAAGCACAUUUUCCCAUACAAAUGUGCACGUUCCCUCAGGGAUUGGGAAUUUUAUUGCGGUAGCAUGUGUAGCACUGUGGUUGUGUUCCAGUGAUAACAACAGCACAAGAGUAAUUUGUCUAGAGCCCUACAAAAUGUUUGUUUCAGAAAGUAAGCCAGAAGUCUCAUCAACCAAAAUCUAUAAGGCUCUCUGAAAACAUAAAAACCUGUUGUAAGGAGAAUUAGGAAAAUGCACCCAGUUUCUUAUUACAUGAGACCUGCAAGGAUGAUUCCUUUUUCAGUAGUGUUGUACUUUCAUUUAUCAUUAUAAACAAUCAGUAGUUAAUCCCUUGCUUAGUACGCUAACACUAGAGUCUAAAGACCAGGACUCCAUCUCACAAAAAUAAGCAAUGUUGCAAGUUCUCACUACUGGAAAUAUCAUUACCAUGAGGAAUAUGUGAUACUGGGUCAUUACUGGUUUCCUGUCUUGAAUUGAGCGAUGUUUCUAAAGAAGAACAUGCGAUCUUAACACUGUGCUGUAGUACUGGGUCUAAGAUCUUGGCAGUUUUAAUCUACUUGACUUGCAGGGUAUUAAAGUCAUUCAUGCAUAGAAAAUACAUAUUUUGCUUUUGUUAUAAUAACCUGAACUACUUUAAGGAAUUAAUGCACAUUCAUUUUAGACUUCAUGAUACAUUCCAUUGGCAAGAAAGAUUUAUUUCCGAUGUUCUCUUGUAUGAUGUUUUUUGUUCCAUUUAUCCUUUGAUGGUUUUUCCUUUUUGUUUUUUCCCUCUUUUUCUUCAUUGUUAGGGCCAUUUAAAAAAAAAAUUUGUAAUUCUUUGACUGUUCUGCCUGAAAAUGUAAAUCUAUUUCUCAGAUGUAGAUAAGAAUUUUGCUCAUACAAGAAUCAAACACAUUCCCUUAAAGCACUAUAUUAAAUUAGGCUUAACUUUGCCUAAUGUUACAGUAUAGCACAUUUAGACCCAAACGUAUAACUUUAUAAAAACCCACUGUAUGACAGUGUGCUUAAUCCUUUUGGUUUUUAUUCUGUAUUUGUAUAUGCUCUGUGACUACAAUUCAAAUGGUAUUCAACAGAGAUACUACGUUUAGUAGUAAACUUUUCCAGUUACACAAUAUGGUGAAAAGUAUGUGGACACCAGCUUGUCCUUAAGCUGUCUGAUAGAAAAAAUAAAAAAAAAAACAGUUGUAAGGAGAAUGAAGAGAAAACACCAAGUUUCUUAUUAUAUAAGACCUGCACGGAUGAUUCCAUUUUCAGUAGUGUUGAACUUUCAUUUAUCAUUAAAAACAAUCAGUAGUUAAUUCUUUGUUUAGUACACUGAAGACCAAGAUCCCACCUGUACACUUCUGGGAAGGCUUUCCAUUAGUUUUUGAAAUUUUGCUGGCGGGAUUUGCUGCCAUGGAGGUUGGGUUAUAUGGUCCCUUUCUGCGAGUUUGUGUGGGAACCACUUUGCAAUUGAACUUGCUGUGACAGGUUUUUGACCUUCACAAUCACUUCACUUGCGAUUGAUCAGGACAGAUCUAUUGGAGCAGAAAUGUGGCAAACUGACGUUGGAAAGAUGGCAUCUGAUGAUGGUGCCAUGUGGAAAUUCACUAUGUACAACUACCCAUUAUGCUGCUAAUCUUUGUUGCCAGAGGUUGCAUAAAUGUGUGCUUAAUUAUGCAUCUGUGGUAGUGCUGGGUGUGGUUAAUUAGACCAUUCCUCUAAUUAAUAGGGGUGUCCACAUACUUUUGACCAUACAGUGUAUAAAUCUAAAUAAAAAAAAAACAUUAAGGCAAGAUAAGAUCACUUCUAAUAACUUAAUGCAGUAACAUGGUUUAUGACUAAUUGAUGCACUGCAAUACACAUUUUCAGCUAAUAUGGUUGUAGAUUUAACAUUAUAUAUUGCUAAUGUUUUGUCGGAUUUCAGCAUUAUGGGUCUCCUGUAUUUUAAUGAAGUAAAUGGAAUUAUUAUGGGUUGCUUUAAAGAUAUGGAUGUUAUAUUCUCAUCAGUAGACUUUGUCACUAGAAUGAGGCACAAAAGUAACACCAUGUUCUCGUUUUAUUUGCUCGUCGAAUCUCAUAUUGUACCUCCCAAAAUAUUUCAUAGAUGUACCAUUGUAACAGUAAAAUCAAAUUCAGUACAGCUCAUUAUUCAUCAUACUCUUGUAAGUUCCAGUAUAUCAUUUACGUUUUUUUUUUGUCAAAAAAUGUAAAAAGUGAACAGGUGCCUUCCAUUUUCCUUUGGUGGCCGAUGAUUUAUACUGUGAAUCUCUUUAAUGUGUUGUCACCCUCAGCCCAUGAACCCGCACAAUUCCCCCAUUCACUUUCAUGCAGCAAAUAAUAUCCAUAGUAUUUCAUUAUUUUUUUGAGAAAAUGUACACUUGAUAUUCUAGCAAAAAUAUGCUAAUAAUACCACCUUCUUGGUUCUCAUCCAAUUUUGAGAUGCUUGCCAGCUCUAGGAAUCCUUGCGGGUUCCUCAGUAAUAAAUGCUAGCAAUUAUACGCAACCUUUCCUUCUUUUGCAGACAACAUUAUUAUACAUAAAUUCAUCAUAUUCUUAUUCUGUGCUGAAAUCGAUUGAUUACAAUCAACACUCAAUUUAGUAAGAGCUGAGAAGUACCUUGAGUGAUAAAAUAAAAAAAAAUAGUAAAAAAUAGUUUUUUUUACUUUAUAGUGAUUACGUUUCAAAGAUGUUUUCUACUACAUUUAUGGAUACCAGUACGGUACAUCUUGAAAUUGAACAACAUGUAGAUAAAAAUUUGCAGAAUCUCAACACUGUAAACUUUUUCUUUUCUCCAAACCAUUUACUUCACUGCUCUUACAUAAAAUGUGUUGUUUUCUUGAUAAUGUGUGAAACGAACACAAAAUAAACUGUUGUAUAGCGAUUCAGCGUCUCCAGCUAUAAAUGAUUACUGGUACUUUCAUUGAUAAUCCACUGUAAAAUCAACCACUAUUUCACAGUGCCCAUAUCUGGAUAAUGAGUAACACAUUUGGGUAAUCAGUGAAGUGAAAUUUUGAGCUUCAAUACAUGUUGACAAUGUAUAUUAGUACAUUUAAUUGCAACAUGCUUACAA